ACCGAAAACUUUCGGCGCAAACGUUUUGAUUGGUCUGUCUAAUAGCGGUGGAUCCCCGAACCCACAAAUAAAGGCCGACUCUUUAUUUACAAAUUAACCCAAAUAUAUUUAUAGCCUCCAGGGGAAACUCCAAUAGGUUAACUCAAGUAUAACCAACCAAUCAAUCAAAGAGGAGACUUCUAAAACUCAAUCAACGAAUACUAUUAAUCUCUCCUCUCUCUCUCUCUCUCUCUCUCUCUCGUUUUUAUUAUUUUUCUCUCCAUUCAAUCGAUCAGCGCUUCUUCUCUGGUAGUUGAAAAUUAGGCAUGGCGUCCAAGCGGAUCUUGAAGGAACUCAAGGAUCUUCAGAAGGAUCCUCCUACCUCUUGCAGCGCUGGUCCAGUUGCUGAAGAUAUGUUUCACUGGCAAGCAACUAUUAUGGGUCCUCCAGACAGCCCUUAUUCUGGUGGAGUUUUCCUUGUUACCAUUCAUUUUCCUCCAGAUUAUCCUUUCAAGCCACCAAAGGUAGCAUUCAGGACAAAGGUAUUCCAUCCGAAUAUCAACAGCAACGGAAGCAUAUGCCUGGACAUUUUAAAGGAGCAGUGGAGCCCUGCCCUGACCAUUUCAAAGGUCUUGCUAUCCAUAUGUUCGUUGUUGACGGACCCAAACCCUGAUGACCCUUUGGUGCCAGAAAUCGCCCACAUGUAUAAGACAGACCGUAGCAAAUACGAAACAACUGCAAGGAGCUGGACCCAGAAGUAUGCCAUGGGCUAACUACUAAAGCGUGCAUGGUAUUUGUGAUGGAAAUCUUGCCUUUUUUCAAAUACAAAACAAUUCUAUUUAUGUAUUAACUAGUUGCUCUUUCUAGACUCCUAAUUAAAACAAUUCAGAACACUGCCCAUGGAGGGGGGAAAACACAAAUGUUGGUAUUUGUAUGUGUAGUGUCAUGUUUAAAAUGCAUUGGAAGUUUCAAACGAUUUACUGAUGUAUUCUGUUUAUUGGUGUCAGACUGUCAGUUGAUCUGUU